AUGUCCGUCCAUCCGAAGUUACCUCUUUACUCAGGCUUAGCUGCUUCCAGUGCUGCUGCUGCUUCCACGGAAGUUGAGCAAGAAUCAGCAAUUAAAAGCCGGGAGGCAGAAUUUCUGGAUGAAGCGAACGCAUCUACAACUGUUGCUCAUCAAAAAGAGCAUGAAUCUGGUUCCAUCUCUGAGGGUGGUAGUGACAGUAAAUCCGACAAUACCACGGCAACUGGCACGAGAUCACAAUUAAUUCCUCCACCGAAAACUAGCAAUAAGUCCACAACGUCUCCCGAUGCAACGAUCAGUACCCCAGAUCAUGCACUCAAUGAAAUGCACUUCACCCGACCGAAUCCCAGUCCCACUUGCGCUUUCGCCCCUAACCACCUCAUCGGCCAAUUUUGCUUCUACUGCCGUGGCAUCAAAAUGCCAUGGGGGGAUCGUCAUCCGAUUGCUCUCGACACUAGCGGCAACACAAUCCGUAUCGCCCCACAAGGUACACUACUUGAGGGAAUCAGAAACUUGACUGAGCCCUACGAGAUCACUGAGCUUGCUUUACUUAUCGAAUUUCGCAUCGAGUCACAAAGUCUUAGCACUGAACUUGGUCAUCUAGAAGCCCUUCAACCUUUCCCAGAAUUGCAUGACGCUGCUUGUCGAAUCGCAGAUCUAGUCCAAGAGCUUACAGCACUGGCAUAUGAAAGUGAACGUGAACGAUUGCCACAUUGGUUCGAUGUUCUUCACGAGUUAUUGAAAGAACCAACUUUAACUCGCGAUCAAUACUUUGUACGAGCAAUUCGGGAGUGGAAUUUGCAACCUGCCAAUACAAGAGCCCGUCAAUUCAAAGCUCCACCUGCGGCAAACAAGCGAAAUGACAAAAAUAUUCUAAAAUCCAGUGGUCGAUUGGACUUACCAGGCCGUCGUAACUCGGUACCCAGUACCACACCACAUUGCAGCGAUGAAGGCUCUGACAUUAAGGUCUACGAUAGCAAUGAGGAGGACAAGCAUGGAGAGCCUAGCUUCCGUAAGCUUCCGAAAGUAAAGAAGAACACACGUGGUGUCAACUGGCGUUUUGUUGAAGGAUCCGAUCUCGAAAAUGCUGAAGUUGGUAAACCUGAUCCAAGCAAGUUUUACUUGACCCGAGAAAAUAUCGACGAUCCCAAGGAGGUUGAUGUUCGCCAAUUCUCUCACAUCGCUGGUUUUGACUGGAACAACCCUCAAAAUGUCCAUGAUCUCAACAAGGCUAGGGCGCAAAACCUUCAACGUGUCCUUGGUAACAUUGCUAAAACACGAGUCCCGUGGACACAGUUGGAGAAGGCUUGUCUUGUCGAAGAGGUGCAGGAAGCCAUUAAGUCUGGUCUUAAUAGACAGACGAUUGACUGGAACGACAUUGCAGCCCGACUCAAGACCAGAUUUGAGGGAGUUCCCCAGAAGAAGGGUUCGAAGUUGGCACCAGGCGUUGAGAGAGAGCCGAAGGAUGGUAAAAAGGACAAGACUCUCAAAACCAGUCGCAGCGACCGUACGGGCUACAAUCGGAGUGGCUCUGCAACCGAAACUCAGGCCUUGAAAUACCCCGACAUUCUUCAAAUGGUCAAUAAUGCGUCAGGGAUUGGCGGCAAGGGGGGUCGUGGUGUGCUCAGAGAUCCCCGUCGAAGCCUCUCACAGAUGAUUGACGAGGAGAAGGACGAAGUAGACGACCGGCCAACAAAGAAGAAGAAGUCUGCCAGUUGCAGCUUUUCAAACAGCCCACCUCCUCGUGAGUUCGAGAAACAUGACGAUGGUAAUGACGAUGAUGGAUCGUCAUAUCUACCUAUGGGACACCCAGCUUUGAAAACUGCUUUUGCUUUGAAAUUCACCAAGCGCAAUGCAAAGCAAUUUGAUGCGAAGUCAAACAAGAAUUGA